CUAAACAAAGUCCACUUGUUAUCGCAUAACAGCAGCCCAACUUCGGCGUGAGACAGGGAGAGCUCUUUCCUUCCAUCCAUUUACUGCAAAGAUGCGCGUCCUCACUGUAGUAGCGGUGGUUCUCUUCCACUCGUGCCUGUCUCGUUGCGCAGACGAUGGCUACGUCCCCCUGGUGAAGCAGCAGUAUGCGGACAAGAUCAACAACCAGAUCCGCGCCCAGAUCACCAUGGAGCUGCAGGCCAGUUAUCUCUACCAGGCCUAUGCGUCGUACUUCGACAGAGCUGACGUAGCGCUGCCUGGCUUCAAAAAGUUCUUCCUCCAGGCAUCCAAGGAGGAGAAGGAGCACGCCCAGAUACUCAUCGACUAUGUUAACAAGCGUGGAGGAUCCUUACAGUUUAGUGACAUCAAGCUGUUGGACGUGUGCGAUAUCAUCAAGGACCUGUCUCGGACAGUGGACCUCAGCGGUAGGAGGCAACAGACAUGUAUUUGCUACUUCGUGAGUCAGAAGCGACAGUUGCUGAAAUCGAAGAGUGACCCAGUUUGCAUGAGGCCUCGCAGUGACUGGAGCCACGGACUGAUGGCGAUGGAAGACGCCCUUCUGAUUGAGAGAAAAGUUAACUCAGAACUCCUUGAUCUGCACGACAUCGCUUCAUCAGGACCAACAAAAGAUCCCCAUCUGACGCACACCCUGGAGCACAUCUACCUUGAGGAACAGGUGGAAUCCAUUAAGAAGCUAGGAAACUACGUGGCCCAACUGUCCAGAUUCUCCAACGACUACCGUCUUGGCGAAUACCUCUUCGACCAGUCGCUACAGUAAUGUUAUAUCCUGAGAUCAAGCUGAUGUAACACGUCCCCUGAUGAAUGUCGUGGCCAGGCUAAUUUUUAUGGUCACUUUUGUUAAAAUAGGUGUUGUGAUUUCAGAAUAAACAUUUAAAGUCUA